GAGGAAGCAGACAGUGGUGUAGAUGAACUUCAUACAGAAGGGCAGACGACACUGCAGUAAAGCACAGAAGGCCUCUGUGAGGAGGAAGGGCACAUGGAUUGAAGACUCCGUGUUGUAAAGAUUACCCUCAAACUAGAAUAUAACUUAAUGGAAUUCUUACCCAAAUGCCAGUUUCUUUUUUCUCACAAGUUGCUAAGUGUCUCUAAAUUUUUCACAUAAAAGUGCAAGGAGUCCUGUUACAGCCAAUAAAUAUUGAAGGAAGAACAAAUUUAAGGAAAUAUUAUAAGUUAGAAAUCAAAUCUUUGGAUGAUUUUAUCUCUUAAAUGCAUAAAUACUAUUUUCUAUUUGAAUACAGAAAAUAUUUUUUUUUAGUUUUAGAUUGCAUCAAAACUUAGAGCACCAAACUGCUUCAAAUACUUUAGAACCGGAAGGUUAGACAAGGUCAGAUUCUGGUGUGCGCUCAGCGUUAUUGCUCUCGGGUGGUCAGCUGAUGAAUUAGAUCUAUGCGCCUGUACCUGUGCAUUGGAGCAUGUCAAGAGUGAAUUCCCUCUAUAAGAAUUUAUACUAAUCACACAUAGACUGAUGGAAUUAACCAUGUAACUCUUCCUUUUCAUCACUGUAAGAAAGUACUUUUAGAAAUAUGAAUCUGUGUUUUGCUUACCUGAUCAUUCCAAACUUAAACACGUGUGUUCGAAGACUGGCUGUCUUCCGGCUGGUGCUCAUCGUUCCGUUCCUCUCCUGCACAGUGGUGCACAGCCUUACAGACUAUGCGGAUUAAGGAAAAAACAAUGUUGGCAAAGGAAAGAAAACAUAAACACUUUCAACGUGGCAUUAAUUUGGAGAGUAAAACAAGUGAUGUGACUUACAACUAGAACGGUUUCAGUUUCCUCCAGAAGACACAGGGUGGCGCUGCAGGCUAAGCUUGUAACUAAAAUCACUAAAAUACCAGGAAUCGCUUGUGAGAAAACAGAACAAAAGACGCGGGCAAGAGCUUUGCCUGCACUACGGAGCUAUGAAGGGGCUUGGACAAGGAUAUACUGGAUUAAUGUAAGAUUAACAGCAACGUUGUGAAGAUCCCUCCUAAAAAGAAACCAGAAGCCAGCGUUUAAAAGCACUAGGAGACUGCUAAAGGAUUGGAUGCAAACAAUCGCUUUCCCAGCAUGGAGAAGAUGGAGAGAAUUCAACCAAACAGGCAAGUCUUGGCUUUUAUUUUUAUGCUGGUUUUGGUUCAGGUUUGGAGUGAGCCUACAAUUCGGUACUCUGUCAUGGAGGAAACAGAAAGUGGCUCCUUUGUUGCCCAUCUGGCCAAGGACCUGGGUCUGAGAUCUGGGGACCUGAGAGCCCGGUCUGCACGGGUGGUGUCAGAUGAUUACAAGCAGCGAUUACUGCUGGAUCCCGAGACUGGAGAUCUGCUUCUGAGGGAGAAGCUAGACCGGGAAGCGCUCUGUGCCUCUGUGGACCCCUGUGUCCUGCAUUUCCAGGUGUCUCUUGAAAAGCCAAUGCAGUAUUAUCAAGGAGAAUUACUGAUCCAGGACAUAAAUGACCACUCACCAGAGUUCCCAGAUAGGGAAUUGCUUUUGAAAAUACCAGAAAACAGUCAGCCAGGCUCACGGUUUUCAUUAAAACUAGCUCAGGACUUGGAUGUGGGCAGCAAUGGGCUUCAACAGUACACAGUCAACCCCAACUCUCAUUUUCAUGUCCUCACUCGAAAUAAUAGUGAAGGCAAGAAAUACCCAGAAUUGGUGCAGGACAGAGCCCUGGACAGAGAGGAGCAGGCAGAGCUGAGCUUGACCCUCACGGCUCUGGAUGGGGGCUCUCCACCUAGGUCAGGAACAGCCAUGGUUCGAAUCCUGAUCCUGGACAUCAAUGACAAUGCCCCUGAAUUUGUGAAGACCCCCUAUGAGGUGCAGGUCCUGGAGAGCAGCCCCCCAGACUCCGCGGUCCUGACUGUCCUAGCACAGGAUGCAGAUGCUGGCAACUUUGGGAGAGUUUCCUAUGGCUUGUUCCAAGCGUCAGAUGAAGUUCAACAGACUUUCUCAAUAAACGAAAUCACGGGAGAAAUACGACUGAAAAAGGGAUUGGACUUUGAAAAAAUUAAGUCUUACCAUGUGGAAAUCGAGGCCACGGAUGGAGGAGGCCUCUCUGGGAAGGGCGCUGUGCUGAUAGAGGUGGUGGAUGUGAACGACAACGCCCCAGAGCUGACCAUAUCUUCACUGACCAGCUCAGUCCCAGAAAAUGCUCCCGAGACCAUAAUCAGCAUCUUCAGAGUUGGAGACAGGGAUUCUGGAGAGAAUGGAAAGGUGGUUUGUUCUAUUCCAGAAACCCUGCCGUUCAUCCUCAAAUCCACUUUCAAGAAUUUCUACACCCUGGUGACAGAGAGUCCUCUGGACAGAGAGAGCAGAUCUGAGUACAACAUCACCAUCACAGUCAGCGAUAUGGGCACACCCAGGCUCACAACCCAGCACACCAUAACAGUGCAGGUCUCUGACGUCAACGACAACGUCCCUGCCUUCACUCAAGACUCCUACACCCUGUUUGUGCCUGAGAACAACAGCCCCGCGCUGCACAUAGGCACCAUCAGCGCCACAGACUCAGACUCGGGCUCCAAUGCCCACAUCACCUACUCGUUGCUGCCCACCCACGACCCGCAGCUGGACCUCUCCUCGCUCAUCUCCAUCAAUGCCAACAAUGGGCAGCUGUUCGCGCUCAGGGCGCUGGACUACGAAGCCUUGCAGACCUUCGAGUUCCUCGUGGGCGCCACAGACCAAGGCUCGCCUGCGCUUAGCAGCCAGGUUCUAGUGCGCAUGCAGGUGCUGGACGCCAAUGACAAUGCGCCCUUCGUGCUCUACCCUCUGCAGAACGCCUCUGCGCCCUACACAGAGCUGUUGCCAAGGGCGGCGGAGCCUGGCUACCUGGUAACCAAGGUGGUGGCUGUGGACCGCGACUCUGGCCAGAAUGCCUGGCUGUCGUUCCAGCUGCUCAAGGCCACGGAGCCCGGACUGUUCAGCGUGUGGGCUCACAAUGGCGAGGUGCGCACCUCCAGGCUGCUGAGUGAGCGCGAUGCGCCCAAGCACAGGCUGCUGCUGCUGGUAAAGGACAAUGGCGAUCCUCCGCGGUCUGCCAGUGUCACUCUGCAUAUGAUGCUGGUGGAUGGCUUCUCUCAGCCCUACCUGCCUCUGCCAGAGGUGGCGCGCGACCCCACACAGGAAGAAGAAAAGCUAACAAUGUACCUGGUCAUUGCCUUGGCGUCUGUGUCUUCGGUCUUCCUCUUGUCUGUGCUGCUGUUUGUUGGUGUGAGGCUGUGCAGGAGGGCCAGGGCGACCUCCGUGGGUGGCUGCUCGUUGUCUGAAGGACACUUUCCUGGUCACCUGGUGGAUGUCAGUGGUGAUGGGACCCUGUCCCAGAGCUAUCAGUAUGAAGUGUGUCUGAGGGGAGACUCUGGGACUGGUGAGUUCAAGUUCCUAAAACCCAUGAUCCCUAAUUUUUUGCUUCAGGAUCCUGGGAUAGAAAUUAAGGAAAGUGCCCACUGCAGGGAUAGCUUUGUUUUCAGUUAAAUAUUCAAAGUGGUCCCCUGUAUCUUCAGAAUUAACAUGCAGAUUUUAUAGAGAUAAGUGAAAGUGUACCUUUUUUUCAAACUACUGCAUGUGUGCAUAUGUCCAACUGCUCCAUCUUUUCCUGUAGGUAUUUUACACGGUUAGACUGUCAUUAUAAAAUAUGUGUAUUAUGUAUUUUCCUCAUUUUUAUAUGCCUUUGGUGACUAAUAUUCUCAUAACUACAAAUAACUCUAGUAGCAUAACAUCAAAUUAUUUUCCUCCUUAAUGCUAAUAAGAAAAUUUGAACUUGUGUAUAAUUGUGUCACUGCUUUUUCCAUAUAACUUUAUCUUUUCAAGAUUAGAAUGCUUAGUUUUUAUUUGGCCUUAGCCUACUUUUCUCUGCCAAGUUCAUGUGAAGAUGCCCUUCAUUAGAACUUUAGUACGUUCCGUUGUGACCCUUGUGAGCAACAUAAAUGUUAGUGCUUGUUUUAUUUAUGUGCCUGCAAGUAUUUCAAAUAUCACGAGAUUAAAAUUUUACACUAAUUGCAAUUUAGUGAAAAUUAAAGAGGAAAUGUCUCAUAAUUUGUUAUUCCCUUCAUGAAGUAAAAUUGCUAAUCCGUUUCUAAGCCUAACCUUUUUAAAAAGCAAUAUCCAAAUCUGACCUAUUUCCUCACCUCCUCCAAAGUGUUCAGAGUGAUGAGGGAUCAAAUUUCUGCUUUCCUACCCACCCUUUGGGAGAAGCUGAUUCUAUGUCUUGGCUUUUCCUGCAGCCUGUCCUACCUUCCAAUAGAAGAAACUGCUUCUGGACUCUGACAGUCUUGUCUAGUUCUUGUUGUUGUGACUUCACAUUUUUGCUUUAUGUCAUUUGGUAGUUAUAGAUUUUAUAUCAACAGUAGAAUUUUGGGAUUUACUUUUCUUUGAUAUGUAAUAUGAUUUCAGCUGUUUUUAACUUAAAUUUUCAAUCAAAUCAAGCUGAGUUCCU